AUGGAGAAGCUCACCUUCCAGGACGAAUGUCGCCUCAUAAUGGCAGCUUCUACGGCAUUCUCAGCUAUCAGGAAUGAGAUGGAUCCGCGACCAGAUAACACCGGCGCACAGAGCAACACUGCCAAAGACAAAUUGGCACUCGUCAUCGGUCCACCGCCCAUUCCCGUUCAGCGGCAACUCGCUGACCAGAAGCCCAGAUUGCCCUUUAGUAAUUAUAAUGGAGAGCACGUUAUUCAAACUGCGGAAUCCUCCAACGUUCCAAUUCGUUGGAUACCUAUCAAAGGCCACAUCGGCGGUUUCCCGACCCCAAAUAGUCACCAGUCACUUCAGCCACCAGCCACCGAAAUCAUAGGAACCCUAGAGGCACACAGAUAUCAACAGAAUGAGAUGCCCUAA